CGUUCCAUUCCACUGAUCAGUGUUCCAUUCUCCGUGGGACGAAGAAGAAGAAGUAUUCCAUCACGGCCAUCGUCCCGUCACGGCCAACAUCUCGGAGAGUUCCACCACCACCAAGGACUAACGUAAGAGCGACAUGGCGGACGCGUUCACUCCUCUACAGGGCACAGGAGCUGUCUUAAUCCAAGAGGAAUCCGUGGAGGCCGAAAAAAGCAGUGCCAAGGCUCUCCUGGCAGUUAUCCUGUCCUCCAUCUUUAUCAUUGCCGUGGCUUUUGUUUUCUCGGCCUUUAUAUGGAAGAAGGCACUCCCAACGACCAAGGAGGUGUACGAUGCAUCACUUCCUGGACAACCAACGAUGCCGAGAUUUUCGCUAACGCCGUUAACUUCUGACACCGACGGCGACUAUGAAGAUUACACGGACAAUAAUGUUGCGACGGUAGUGACGUCCCCGAUCCACAAGAAAGUUUGCGAAAAUGAUGACUGUCGAUACGUUCGACAGUUCAUAGAAGCGGUCGUAGACACUGACAGAGACCCGUGUGAUAAUUUCUUCAAGUUCGUCUGCGGUAAAAAUCAACAGGUGCUCCCUAACGUGUUCCUGGAUGAAUUUGGUAGAGACCUGAUCCAAGAGGCUCUAUGGACAUCUAUAAAGGAAAACUUGGAAAAGGCACGCAUUCCUCCUAGCGGUAGAACGGCAUUUCAAAAGGCUGCAGCGCUGUAUAAGCACUGCUUGAAAGCCAACCCGAACACGUCUGCUGAAGCCGCCAGAGAUUUCCUCAUGGCACACCAGAUGGAUAUGAGGAACAAUAUGUCAUUCAACCCGUUGGACGUCAUGAUGAAAUUUUUCUUUAAGAUCGACAUUCCUUUGCUGUUUAAAUUAGAACCAAUCGCGCUUGGUGCUAAACAGAUCGCGUUUCGGAUUGAAGAAGAAUCACCGCCAGAUUUACAGUACCUCGGACCUAGAGAUAUUUUGUCUGAGGUGUAUUCGGCAGAUAUCGAUGACAACGUAGUGAGAAUUAUUACAGAGUUAGAGAAGAAGUUUGAGCCCCAGAGGACAGUGAGCAAAAUGCCAAACGCCAGUGUCAAGGCGAUCGAGUUUCGGAAAGUGGGCCUAGGAGACGAUGAGCUGUCCAAAGAGUGGAAUGAAGCUCUUCAGCGGUACACACCACCUGCGCUCCAAAACAGAACAGUAUACGUGACAGAGGCUGACUUGAGGUUUUUCCGCCGCCUUUUCGGAAAGCAAAGCGACGUCUCGAAGAACGAAAUGAGAGUAUUCUUUGCUUGGAGGUCUGUCUUUUACCUUUACAAAAUCAUCGGUAGCAGUUUUGAUUGUCUAGGAAUUACCACGCGGCAACUUCCAGACGCGGUUGCCGCAGGAGCGCAAUUUAUCCCCCAUUACGAAGAGAGAAUGAGCGCCAUCAACGAAAUGAAGGAAGGAAUCACCAGUGAAAUUUCGAAAACCUUGCAAACAUCGUCUUGGAUAGAUGACAAAACGCGGGAGGGAGCUUUGCAAAAAAUCGCUAUGCUUACGUUCCGCUUUGGAUUGGCGCCUAAACUGAACUCUUCGAAAAAAGCCGACAAGUUUUACGAGAACCUGCCCGACCUACACGGUCCGUAUGUUCGGGACAUUCUGAGCAUUUACGAAUUCAAGACUCAGAGGUGCUGGAAAGGUGUAGAAGAAGGUUAUUCAGAUUAUUUCCGCGACACGAUGACUAUUGUAAAUCCAUACCAGACGAACGGCUUUUAUGUAGCCGCAGCGAACUUUGUUCAACUGAAUGUUCCGCUUUUAUUGACGCCCCACUUUAAUUUAGGAGGUCCGCCUGAACUGAACUACGGCGCACUGGGGCACACCUUGACGCACGAGAUGAUGCAUGGCUUUGAUCUAAAUAGCCGCAAGUACGACGGAAAAGGUGAUAUGUCACCGUGGUUUACAAAAAAGAGUGCAGAAGAGUUUGCUGUUCUAGAGCGCUGUUAUGUUGAGCGUAUUGAGAGGGCUCCCAAGUCGAGGACUUACGCUGAUUAUCCUUGGGAGUACCAGGCAGACAUCCUCGGCAGUAGGUCACUCCUGAGAGCAUACCUAAAGGCCGCUAAAAGGUCAAAUGUGCACCUGGGUAAUGUGAAAGGUUUGACAGCAGACCAGAUCUUCUACGUCACUAGCUGCCUCCACUGGUGCACGGAUCUGUUGUAUUCGGAAACUUUGUCAGGUCAUCCACCACCAGAUGAAAGGUGCAACCUUCCUCUCAUGAACUCUGUGCAUUUCAGCAAAACGUUCUCUUGCCGCGACGGUUCGCUCAUGAACCCGCCACAGAAAUGUCCGUUUUGGUAGUUCCAAUCCUAAGAAUGGGCGGACUCACAAGAACUUGAUUAAAGAAGAUAUGAGCCAA